GUGAUCACCAGUGUACCCCGCUGUCUCUGUGAUCACCAGGGCACCCCGCUGUCUCUGUGAUCACCAGGGCACCCCGCUGUCUCUGUGAUCACCAGGGCACCCCGCUGUCUCUGUGAUCACCAGGGCACCCCGCUGUCUCUGUGAUCACCAGGGCACCCCGCUGUCUCUGUGAUCACCAGGGCACCCCGCUGUCUCUGUGAUCACCAGGGCACCCCGCUGUCUCUGUGAUCACCAGGGCACCCCGCUGUCUCUGUGAUCACCAGGGCACCCCGCUGUCUCUGUGAUCACCAGGGCACCCCGCUGUCUCUGUGAUCACCAGGGCACCCCGCUGUCUCUGUGAUCACCAGGGCACCCCGCUGUCUCUGUGAUCACCAGGGCACCCCGCUGUCUCUGUGAUCACCAGGGCACCCCGCUGUCUCUGUGAUCACCAGGGCACCCCGCUGUCUCUGUGAUCACCAGGGCACCCCGCUGUCUCUGUGAUCACCAGGGCACCCCGCUGUCUCUGUGAUCACCAGGGCACCCCGCUGUCUCUGUGAUCACCAGGGCACCCCGCUGUCUCUGUGAUCACCAGGGCACCCCGCUGUCUCUGUGAUCACCAGGGCACCCCGCUGUCUCUGUGAUCACCAGGGCACCCCGCUGUCUCUGUGAUCACCAGGGCACCCCGCUGUCUCUGUGAUCACCAGGGCACCCCGCUGUCUCUGUGAUCACCAGGGCACCCCGCUUUCUGUCUCACUGAUCACCAGUGCUCUCCAGCUCUAACUUGAGACCCCCUUACUUGGCCCCCUCUCCCCACCUCCCUUUAUCCCUAGUGGGGGUCACCACUGAUCAGCAGCGCAGUGUUUGUCUCUCACCCACUGGCCAUGGCAUCGAAGUCGGGGAAGACGUUGGAUCUGGAGGGAAAUUGCGUCUUGUGCUGUCAGGAGCUGGAUAUAUUCGCUAUUGGGAAAUGUGACCACCCCGUGUGCUUCCGCUGCUCCACCAAGAUGAGGGUGCUGUGCGAGCAGCGGUAUUGUGCUGUGUGCCGGGAGGAGCUGGACAAGGUGGUGUUUGUUAAGAAGGUCUCUCCGUUCUUAAGCAUCAACACUUCCCAGAUGCAGUGCGAGAAGAAACACGACAUCUACUUCAGUGAUAGCAAACUCUUCUCUCUGUUCAGGCGGUUGCUACAACAUGAAUGUGACCUGUGCCCUGAGAUGAGACCCUUCCACGCCUUUGCUGACCUAGAACAGCACAUGAGGAAACAUCACGAGCUCUUCUGCUGUAAACUCUGCUUAAGGCACUUGAAGAAUUUUACUUAUGAGAGGAAGUGGUAUUCACGCAAGGAACUGGCUCGUCACCGCAUCCAAGGCGACCCCGAGGACACGUCCCACCGCGGCCAUCCUCUCUGCAAGUUCUGUGACGAACGUUACCUUGACAACGAUGAGCUGCUAAAGCAUUUACGCAGGGACCACUAUUUCUGCCACUUCUGCGACUCUGAUGGUGCCCAGGAAUACUACAGUGACUACUCUUUCCUGCGGGAACACUUCCGUGAGAGUCACUUUCUGUGUGAGGAGGGACGGUGCAGCACAGAGCAGUUCACACACGCCUUUCGGAGUGACAUUGACUACAAGGCCCACAAGACCUCAUGCCACAGCAAGAACCGCGCUGAGGCCCGCCAGAACCGCCAGAUCGAUAUUCAGUUCAGCUACGCACCCAGACAUAAUCGCAGGGCUGAGGGUACAGUUGGAGGGGAAGAUUAUGAAGAGGUGGAUCGAUUUAACAGGCAGGCAAGAACAACAAGGGGGGUAGCACGUGGAGGUCUGCAGAACCGUAGGGGAAGCUGGAGAUAUAAAAGGGAAGAGGAGGAUCGUGAAGUUGCUGCUGCAGUGAGAGCAUCUGUUGCAGCCAGAAGACAAGAAGAAGUUGGGAGGAAACAAGCACUUGAAAAUGGCGAUGGAUCGAAAAGUAGGAUGGAGGACUCCAGGGAUCCUGAGGAAGGGCGCAAAGUGAAACCUAUCCCCAAACCUAUCCCCAAACCCAUCCCCAAACCCUCUGGUGAUGCCACAGGUCCAAAAGAACUGAAUAUGAUGUCAAACGCUUCCAACCGGGUAUUGAAUCCAGAGGAUUUCCCUGCCUUUGGUUCUGCAGUGACGGUACCGAUGAGUGCUCCAAAACCAGCUCCUGUUAAACUGAAGGAAGAAGAUUUUCCAAGUCUAUCCUCCACCUCAAGCUCUUCCUCGGCAUCGACCUUCCCUGCUGGGCUGACAUACUCUACUCGGUCCACUAAUGCCUUCAUGGAGGAGGAUUUCCCAGCCUUGGUGUCUAACAAGAAUCUCUGUAAACCACUGUCUGCUGUCACUUCUGCGUGGGCAGCGUCUUCCUCUAAAAGUGCCCCAAAAACCCCUUCUACUGUUGCUGCUUCAAGCAAAAUAUCCAAGAAAGCUUCCCAACCACACAUCCCAAAGGCCUCCAACAAGAAAGUUCACAAGCCUCCCUCCUUCUCCGAAGAUGAAGAUGACAGCACAGGGGUAACAGCACAGGAAUUCCGUAAUGCUCCGACCAUGAUGGAUAUCUCUAAGCUGCUGACUGCUCCAAGCGGGAAAGGCAGCAAGAAAAAGCGAAUGGGGUCAGAGAAGCCCAGCAGUCCAGCCACGGUUCAGACUAUGGAAGACAGGUUAACGAGUUUAUCCCUCAAAGAGAAUGCCAGCGAGAUUGAGCGCACCCCCACACUGCCCGCUACUUCCAUCCUCAGUGAUAAGUCGAAUACAGUGGUUAAUGGCGAGAAAAAGGUUCCAGACAAAGGAAGCGGCUAUAAAGACCCCCCUGGGUUAAAGAACUUUACUGAUUCAGGUCCAAAGUACUCUGCAUCAGAUGAAGACUUUCCAGCUUUGGUGAACAGUAGCAUGCUGAGGAAGCCACCACCAGGAUUUUCUCCGGUAGUGACCGCCGCUCCUUUGCCUCCUCCUCCAGGAUUGUCCUCAUCUGUUGGGAAACCUCCUCCAGGAUUUACCAGUGUCUCAUCUAUGUCUCCUCCUCCGCAGCCACCCACCAAACCAGUGAAGGAGGCCUCAUUCUGCACCAGGACGUACCUCGUACCUGAAAACUUCCAGCAGAGAAACAUUCACCUCAUCAACUCCAUCAGAGAUUACCUGCACAGCGACGAGUCCCAGUUCAAUGAAUUUAAAUCCCAUUCUGGCAAGUUUAGACAGGGACUGAUCUCCGCCUCCGAGUAUUACAGAAGCUGCCGUCAACUUCUCGGGGAGAACUUCAGCCUGAUCUUCAACGAGCUGCUGGUGCUUCUUCCGGACAACGGUAAACAGCAGGAGCUGCUCGCUGCCCACCAAGAGCUCCGACUGGAGCAGAAGCAAAGUUCCAAUAAGUCCAAGAAGAGCAAGAAAGCCGCCUGGAAAACGGACUCCAGCUCCCCCGAACUGGAUUACUCCACCUGUCCCUCCUGCAGCCAGGUGCUGGCCCCCCAGGACGUUGCCCAUCACAAGACGUUGCACCUUGAAGACAAUGACUUCCCCUCGCUCCAGGCCAUCAGCCGGAUCAUCAGUUAGGCUCUGGAGCACCUACCCCAGGUUUUGGGUGUGCACUUAAAAGGAAAGAGGAAAAAAUAUAUAUAUAAAUGCACCAAAAAUACCAGUAAUAGUAAAAGUGGAAAUGUGGGCAACGCCAGACAGCAAUAUGGCCGCCCGGUGAUAAUAAAGUAAAUUAUUACGGUA